AUGUCAGAUUCCAACACAACCGACUUCACUAACCCCCCAACUUUCAUCCUGCUGGGCAUUCCUGGCCUGGAGAUGGCCCAUGUCUGGAUCUCCAUCCCCUUCUCCGCCAUGUACGCCAUAGCCAUCUUGGGGAACUUCACCAUCCUGUUCAUUGUGAAGAGGGAGCCGAGCCUCCAUGAGCCCAUGUACUAUUUCCUCUGCAUGCUGGCCAUCAGCGACCUGGUCCUGUCUACAUCCACCCUGCCCAAAAUGCUGAGCAUCUUCUGGUUCAAUUCCAGGGAGAUCAAUUUCAGUGCCUGCCUCACCCAGAUGUACUUCGUUGCCUGCUUCUUAGUGAUGGACUCUGGGAUCCUUGUGGCCAUGUCUGUGGAUCGCUACGUGGCCAUCUGCCAUCCCCUGAGACAUUCCACCACCCUCACAAACCCCGUGGUGGCGAAGAUCGGCCUGGCCAUGGUGCUGCGCAGUGGCAUACUUGUACUGCCCUUUCCCUUCCUGGUGAGGCAGUGGCCAUAUUGUAGAACCAACAUCAUCCCCCACUCGUACUGUGAGCACAUGGCCGUGGUGAAGCUGGCCUGUGCUGACAUCCGCAUCAGUAGUAACUACAGCAUCUCUGUGGGAUUCAUGGUCACUGGUCUGGAUGUGUUUUUUAUCGCCGUGUCCUACACCCAGAUCCUCAGGGCCAUCUUCAGCCUCCCCACAAAGGACGCCCGGCUCAAAACUUUGGGGACCUGCGGCUCCCACCUCUGUGUUAUUUUAUCCACUUACAUCCCAUCUGUCUUCUCCGCCCUCAUGCACCGGUUUGGCCACAAUGUGGCCCUACAUUUCCACGUUCUGAUGGCCAAUGCGUACCUGCUGGUGCCCCCCAUGCUACACCCCAUCAUCUAUGGGGUGAGGACCAAACAGAUCCGGGACAGGCUGCUACGGCUACUUAGUCAUAAAGGGAUGUAA